ACUGUCUAUGGGAGUUGCCUAUGGCAGAUAUAGGGCAGCAUGAUAGUCUGCCAAACCCAUAGAAGAAGUUUCAACAUAAAAACAAACCUGUUCACUACUGGUAAUUUUGGGAAAUGAUGCACUUUGGAAACAGGUCUAAUCAGUCAUUAACUAGUAUCGAUGGCAAAAAACUAAAAGCAGGUUAGUAACUCAGCCAGCAGACAAAAUAAAGUUAGAGGCUUAACGUAGCCUCACUGUAUUCCGGACACGUUCGACGCAUGGGAAGCCUGACGACAGACGUUACUAUGUUGGGCAAGGUGCUCCUGAGCAGAGGCAUCACCGCCCACCGCAUCAGUAAGAAUGUAACUUUCUACAUGAAUGAAUCGGCAUCUCCAGUCUCAAGAUGUCAGACCAAAGCCUGUGAAGACCAUACACCCCUUAUGCUGAUGAUGCCGUGGUUGGGUUCGCGUCCUCAAGCUGUGGCCAAAUAUUGUGAAAUCUACUUCCGCACUGGCUUUGAUGUGCUUGUAGUGGAGAGUGAGGUGCAAGAGUUCCUGUGGCCUCGCUGGGGUUUGGAUAAUGGAAAGAGGUUGCUAGAGUUGCUCCAGAGUGAACGCUUUGUGUCCCGUCCGCUGCUUGUCCAUGCCUUCUCUAUCGGUGGCUACACAUUUGCUCAGAUGCUGGUACAUGUGUCCCAGGACACACGGAAAUAUCAGGCGCUCACACAGAGGAUCAAAGGCCAAGUCUAUGAUAGCCUGGUGGUGGGCUCUGUGGAGACAAUGGCCAUAGGUCUAGCUAAGACUGUAUUUCCACGUUGGGAGACACUGGUAAAACAAGUAAGCCAGUUAUACUUUGGUAUGUUCAGACGGCAGACGGUGGACUACUAUAACAAAGGCAUUGAUGCGUUUUUGAACACUCCCAUCACCGCUCCUGCACUGUUCUUCUUUUGCGAGAAUGAUGCAUUGUGCAACCCACAAGCCAUGGAGGAGGUGCUUGAUCACUGGCAGAAGCGUGGGAUAGACAUCACAGCAAAGAAGUGGGCGGACUCAACACAUGCAGGCCACCUUAAGAGGCACCAACAAGAGUAUCUGACCACCCUACACAUGUUCCUCCACUCACUUCACUUCGCCCCGCUGAAGGCCAGGAUGUAAGAUUAUUUCAUUACAACACAAUGCCAUAUUAACUUGACUUUGCUUGUUUUCUGUUUUUGGUGAAAGACAUUCAUUUAAUGUAUACAUUAAUUACAGCACUUGGUGUAGGUGGAGUAACAAUACAGUCAUGUUCAAUUUAAUUCACAAAAUGGGGUGCUACUGUGACAUACUCAGGAUGAAUUUAAUCAUGUUUAUUGAUGUAGUUUGGAUGAAGAUUUAUGGAUAUUUCUUUCCUUUUGUGCUGUAAAAAGAUUUGAAGCUGCAGGGUUUCAAGUUAGCAUGCAUCUGGGGCUAACAUCUGUGACCUCUGGUGCUUUGCACAACUAACAGCAGCCCUUUAGCACUGGGUCCAAAGCGCUAUAACACCUUGCUGAAUUUUAAUAUGUUCAUGAAGAAGUGCUGCAGUAAAUGCACAUAUUAUUUUUGCAAUUCUACAGUUAAAUGAUAUUAAAUGCAUAAUGUUUUCUCGAUUAAAAUAUCAGAAAAUAGUGGAAAAUGUCUUGUUUCCCUACAUCCCCACA